GUUGAGAAACCUUCUAGGGGAAUUAGAGGCUUCAAUUCCUUCCUUUAGCGGGCCGAGUGUUUCAGAAACGAACGAGAAGCUAUGGCUGUCACCAGCUUCGCACCACCAUGGCUCGUUCUGAGACAAGCGUUCCGAUCAGUCGCAGCUUCUUCUUCUUCUUAUCUUCACCCAACUCACAAUCACACAGUCCUCCCUUCGUCGCCUCUCCCUCUCCGACACUCAGCUUGUAGAAGAUGCCACGUUGCAGAAGCAAUGAAAGGAGAUGUAGAGCUUCUCCUCAAAGGAGUUGGAGACCAAGCUGUUGCUAAGGAAGUCAAACACAUCCUUGAAAUGGCAAGACGUGCGACAUCAAGAAGAGAAGUUCUUCACACAGAUUUUCUCACACCACCUGUUGUUAAGGAAUCAGUUUCAGUCUUGGGAAAGCUUGCUGAUGUUGCAGUUGUUGCUCAGGGAGGUUACCCUGAGGCUGAGCGGUGUAGGAUCUCGGUUGGACAUCCGGAUGUAUUAACCAAUGAUCCAGAUAUAGUUGCAGCUUUGAGCAUCACAGGGAAUUUUGGGUUUCAAGCUUGUUCUCAUGGCGACUUCCUUGGAGCCAUUCUUGGCACUGGAAUCACCAGGGACAAGCUUGGGGAUAUCUUGAUUCAGGAAGAAAAAGGAGCUCAGGUCCUGAUAGUUCCUGAACUAGUUGACUUUAUUGUUACAGCUCUCGACAAGGUUGGGAAUGUUUCUGUAACUUGUAGUAAGAUACCUCUGCUUGCUCUUGAAUAUGAACCUCCUAGGACUAAUACCUUCAAAACCAUUGAAGCCUCGUUGAGAAUUGAUGCAGUAGCUAGUGCUGGUUUCAAGAUUUCGAGGUCAAAGCUAGUUGAUCUGAUUAGUAGUGGGGACGUUCGGGUUAACUGGGCAACGGUUACCAAGAAUGGAACCACGGUAAAGACUGGUGAUGUUGUCUCUGUUAGCGGGAAAGGGAGACUCAAGAUUGGAGAGAUUAACGAGACGAAAAAAGGGAAAUAUGCAGUUGAAAUCAUCAGAUAUCUGUAGAAUGAAGCUGUAACAAGUUAUCAAAGGCUCUUUAGUUCUUCUUCUACUUCUCAUUAAUUGAUAUUUACUUUUCUAUUUGUUUGUUGACAUUUUGUAGAAUCAUAGUAAAGUUCAAAGGAAUAAAUUAAUAUUCAGCUAUC